AAAGAAGUGAUUCAUGGAGUUGUGAUAAUGGCUUUGUUCUAAGGUGGUAGGGUAGGAGAGAGAUUUGGACAAUAAUAUUUUGUAGAUGUAUUUUGUUUUUAGAUGGAAAAGCCACUUGAGUUGGGCAACAUGACUAGAGUCCAGGAGUUUGUCUUACUGGGCUUGUCCACAAGGCUGGUCAUAAGGGAUGCCCUGUUUGCAGUCUUCCUGACUCUCUACCUGCUGACACUCCUGGAGAACACACUCAUCAUCUAUCUCAUCUGCAGUCACAGUGAGCUCCACAAGCCCAUGUACUUCUUCCUGGGCAACCUCAGCUGCCUGGAGAUGUGUUAUGUGUCAGUCACCAUGCCCACCCUACUCUUGGGGCUGUGGACAGGACCCUGCCAUGUUCCAUUCACAGGUUGCAUGACCCAGCUCUUCUUCUUCAUCUCUCUCAUCUGCACAGAGUGCACCCUCCUGGCCUCCAUGGCUUAUGACCGCUAUGUGGCCAUCUGCCGCCCACUGCACUACCCACUGCUCAUGAGGCCACAGGUCUGCCUGGGCUUAGCCUUGUCUUCAUGGCUUGGUGGGCUGCUGGUCUCAGUUAUCAAAACAGCAUGCAUCGCAAGCCUGUCCUAUUGUGGUCCCAAUGUACUCAACCACUUCUUCUGUGAUGUCUCUCCUCUUCUUAACCUGUCCUGUACCCAUGUGGCCCUCACGGAGCUGGUAGACUUUAUCUCAGCCAUUGUCAUCCUCUGGGGUUCACUCCUUGUGGCCAUGGCCUCCUAUGUGGCUAUUGGUAGAACAGUUCUGGGAAUGCCAUCAGCUGCUGCCCGCCACAAAGCCUUCUCCACCUGCGCCUCCCACUUGGUAGUGGUGGGCAUCUUCUACUCAGCCACUAUCUUCAUCUAUGCCCGUCCCAGCCGCAUAGAGGCCAUGGACCUCAAUAAAGUGUUGUCUGUCAUCUACACGGUGGUCACACCCAUGUGCAACCCAAUAAUCUACUGUCUGAGGAACAGAGAGGUGCAAUUAGCUUUUCGUAGAACCAUGCACUGGUCCUCAGUUUGA